GUGGGUGGUCCGAUCCACGCUCAAAGAUUCUCCCGUUGGUUCCUACUCUCUCUCUCUCCCAUUUGAAUUUGAAAACAUUCGACAAGAACGACAACAACGUAUAUAUGUAUAUGCAUAAAUAAAAUCCUCAAAUAUUUUAUUUAUUUAUUUUUAUUCUUCAGAGAUAGAUAGAUAGAAAGAUGCCGCGCCUUUCUUCCAAUUCAAAUAAACACAUCUCCUUCACUUUCUCCCUUCAAAAGCGCAGAUUUCCAUUGCCCUAGUUUCAAAACCAUAUCCAGCUUAAAACUCCCGUUAUUAUUAUGGACAAGGACGACCAUUAUGAUGCUCACAGUCACUCGUAUCAGAAUCCCAGAUCCAGAUCGGACGAGUUGGGAAGAUCGGCAUUCGGACCAAAUCCGGUGAAAUCUCUUCAAGAUGAUUCUAGAGGAGAUUCAAAGAGAAUCAAACGAGGUUCCUCCUCUUCCACACCACUUGAUCUCAAUAAGGUUGUUUGUUCAUUUGAGAAGCCUGAAAAGGAACACGGUUCAAACUUGAAGGGAUUUGAAUGGGAUCUUAACGAGGAAGACGUUUCAAGCUCUUUAAAUAAUUGUAAUAAUUUCAAAUUGACGGAGGAAUCCGAAUGUGGAAGCACUACAGGAUCGUUGGAAGGAGAUUCAGUGGAAGUAUUGAAACAGAUUAAGCAAAAUGGGUUUCUGUCUUCUUCUUCCCAUGGUGGUAUACCAAUGCCAAAGAAACGUGGAAGGAAGAGUAAUAAAAUUGACGGGCUUAAACAGAAAAUAGAGAUUGCCAAGAAAGAACAAGUGGACAGGUUUGCUAGGAUUGCAGCCCCAAGUGGAUUGCUGAACGGGUUAAAUCCUGGGAUUAUAAACCAUGUCAGGAACAGUAAACAGGUUCAUUCAAUAAUUGAGGCGUUGGUCCGGUCUGAAAAAAAGGAACAAACAAAGACUACUGUCAAGAGAGAAACUAAUGACAGGAAGGACCCGGAAAUUGUUGAUCAGAUUGCUGCUAGAGAUUCUGAGACAAGUGGGACAACGGUUGAAAUGGUUUUGGAGAACAAUCAAGGAAGUGAAGACGAUGAUUUGACAUUGAAGCUAUGCUCAUCAAUCAUAACUAAGGAAUCAGAAAAAACUUCUUCUUUAUCCAAUGACACAGAUGUUUCUAACCUUACUGUCAAAGCUGCUGAUGUUGCUUCGCAAUGGCUGGACCUUCUUCGUCGUGAUAUCAAUGGAAGGCUAUCAGCACUUCAACAAAGCAGGAAGAGAGUUAGAGAUGUUAUCCGUACAGAAUUACCUUUGAUGUUGUCAAGAGAAUUUUCAUCUAAUCAAGAAAUCAAAGCGUUUUUCAUGAAAAAUUCUGUGAAGGCUAAUGCACAUCGAUCGAGAUGGCACGUUCUAUUUGAUCAGAUGGAACAAACGCUAUGUGAAGAAGAACGACAAUUGGAAAAUAGGCUGAACCAGGUUACAGAAAUGCACCUUCACUGUGAUAAAAGUAAUAGAUUAACAUCGGUGGAGAAGGAGUUAGCCCUCCGGGCAGCUGCAGCUUCCAUAUACUCGACAUGCAACUUCUUACAGUCAAAGACAUCUUCCACGGACAACUAACCAAAACCUUCUUAUUGAAUUUGUAACUUCAUAUUUCAACUGAUAUAACCUCCUCUGUAUCUUUGACAUAGGAUUUGUUUUUCCUUUAAUGAUUCAACUUUUUUUUU